GAAGCAAGCAAAGAAGACUGGCCGAUCCUCCAAAUUCGUUUCGAAAAUGAUUGUACGAAGGUGCUGGCCUGCUUAUCGAGAACACAAGUUAAUAUUCUGAAUUAAAUUUAAAACAUGUGCUUAAAGAAUAUGAAUACACAUAUGCAACACAUCUGUUGUCUAUAGAUACAAAAUUACUUUGCAUACUUACUUUGACAGUUUCUUUGUUAUCUAGGUUGAUUACUAAAAUGACCACACUUAUGAUUUAACAAAAAUGUAACAAAAACACAAAUUUCUCUAUCCGACAGACUCAGAUAUGUUAAGAAAUUGUCCCUUUUGCCUUGUUAACCGGAUACUAUUUGACUGUUUCAUGGUACAUGUGAACUUGUUUUUGAAACAAUAUUCUUGUUUGGCACACUAAAACCAAGACUUUCAAUGAAGCAUGUUUGUCUGUUGACCUUUUCAGUCAUUGAUAGUUUAAGCUUACAAACUCUUUGAUGAUCAAAUUUAAGAAAAUUUCUAUUUGGUUGUUUGUUGAGGUUUAUAUUUGUUUGCUUUUAUUGAACUCCCGAGAUAUGGAUACAACACCACAUAUAGGCUCACAAUGUUGAAAGCUCGUGGCUAAAAAAACUGUUUUAUUCUAGGUGUUGUAAUAGAUGCCAACAUGAAUAUCAAUGUAAAGACAGAACCACAAACUGUCAGUGACGACUGGUUUGCUUACCAAACUGAUGCUGGAGUCACUUUCUUUUACUACAACUGUAGAACUGAAGAACACAUGAAUGUCUGUACUUCUCCAAGCUUUCAAAUGAAAAGGUUCAACAAAGGUCGAAGUAUGCCAGAAUUGAAAUGCACAGAAAGCCAAAGUGAUGAAUAUAUUUUACCAAAUUUCACCAAAAGUCUGGUUUCUGAAUCUGUGAAAACAGAAGACAUUGAAAUUGAUGAAAAUGAAGAACUUGUGUCCAUCUCAUCUCAUGCAUCCAACAAGCUUCACUCUACUACACUAACAAGAGACACAGAGCUGGAUGAACAUAACGACAACAACCAUUACAUAGAACGUGAUGAUAGUAAUAGUGAUAGUGAAAGUGAUAGUGACAUACAGCAACCAAGCAACAUUGAGGCCAAUGAAGACACUCUUCAGGCGAAUCAUGACCAAGAUGACCAAGAUAUUUCUGAAAAUGAAAAGGAUUACUUUUCUCCUGAGAAUCAGCAUCAUCCUUCGCAAGAUGACAAGCUGUUCAUAUGUUUGAAGUGUAACUUGGGGUUCAAGUGUGAGAGGCACUUGGAGAAUYAUGAAAASAUAAUACACAAUGGWACAAAACSUUUUAAAUGUGACUCUUGUGAUAAAGUGUUUGCCCAUAAGAACAGUUUAAAGAUUCACAAAGAAGCACACAAGAAUAAAGUAAGCAGCAAUCUAGAGRGAAGUGGUGUACUGCAUCAURCAAAGAAACAACAGACAGAAGUAGACAGCGAAAAUCCAAUAUAUUUUUCCUUGCUAGGUUGUCAAAAUCGCUUCCUGCACAAAAUGGAGACUAACUGGAUACAAUACAAAUGUAAAUCAGGACAUACUUUAUUAGUUUAUGACAAGAGGACAGGACAAUUUAAGUGGCCUUCUAUGUAUCCAUCAGGAGAAAAUAGUACAACUGUAAUUUUGGGUGAGCCAGUUAUCUCUAAAGAAUUGUGUACUACUGCAACACAGACUGAUGAUGUUGGCUGUAUAAAUGGCUGUACAUCCAUGUACAUCAGUACAAGUCAUAUCGUGAACAACAAAGAAACAUCAUCACGAGAAAUACCAGCUGUUGUAGAUGAAGUUGCAGAUAACCUAGAUAUUGAAUUGGGUGUUGGUAAUGGACUGGAUGAUGAUGGAAAUGAAGUUGGUGAAGAUCUUGAAGUUGAAUGUGACCUAGGUAACGGAUCAGAUGAUGGAGAGAUAGUAGAGAAAAGUGCAGACAUGGAUACAAUGACAAGAAGUCACAUGGAAAAUGAUGGAAACAGAUUCAACAAAGAUAGUAUUGAAGCAGUAAGACACAUUCAAACCUUCCACAAUUAUACUAUUCCUACACAUACAGAUGAUACUGAUGAUAUUAAGGCAGCAUCUGAAUGUUCUUAUGAGGAAAGUGAUGGUGACAGUGAAAAAGAUAAUUUAAAUGAAACAAUACAGGUAAAUCACUCUUUUCAAGAACAGUUAAAGGAGCAUGGAAUGAAAUUGUUUAAGUGCGGUAGUUGUGAGGAUACAUUCAUAUGCAAUUAUCUACUGGAAAAUCAUGUUGCAAGGAUGCACACUCAAGAGAGGCCUUUUGAAUGCUCAUAUUGUAAAAAAACAUUUUUAUCCCAGAAAAAUUUAAAUGGACAUAUUCAAACCACUCACGUGCGUGUUGCAAUGCAAAAAGAAGAAAAGCUAUUAGAAUGCUGUUACUGCAAAAAGAAACUAAAAGGUAAAAAAAUAUUAACGGAACAUGUACGAACACACACAGGAGAGAAGCCAUUCCAAUGUUCUUACUGCCAAAAGAAAUUUGCAAGGAAGCAUGUUUUGAAAGAUCAUCUCAGAGUGCACACUGGAGAGAAGCCAUUUGAGUGCUUUCUUUGCAAAAAGAAAUACAGACACAAGAAAACUCUGAGAGAUCACUUAAAGGCCCACACUGGAGAGAGGACCUUUGAAUGUUCUUUUUGCAAAAAGAAAUUUGUACUAAAGAAAGGUUUGAAUGAACAUGUGAAAAGGCACAUCAGAAGAAGUGUUCAAGAAGUUGACGAGAAAGCAUAAUCAAAACAUUUAUCAUACCCUGGAUAACGUGUUCACACUAUAUCCAUGAAAGAUAACCUAAAUAGUUACUAACAAACAGUUUUUGCUUCAAUAACAAUAGCAAUACACAUGAGUUAAACCAUGUUUUUAUGUCUUAACAAUACAUGUAAUUAAAAAUGAAGGGCAUUGUUAA